UGAAAGGCACAAUCUAUUCUUUGAGAGAAGAGGAGAAAGAAGGACAUUCAGAGGAAAAGUUGGGAAGCUGCUCAUACAGGACGUAUUGAUCAGAUAUGGGCCAAGGUAUGACGCAGCCAAGUUUGAACUGGCAUCUGAAAGAAAAUGCAAAAGACCAUCACACAAGUAAAUUUUCUGGCAAAGAACUGAUUGUCAGGAGAGGUCAGGGCUUCACUAUCACCUUCAAUGGAGCGGAACAGCCAGGGCAAAACUUAACAUUCAUUGCAGAAACAGGUCCAAAACCUUCAAAGCAAACUAAGACCCAGGCCACAUUUGGUAUCUCCAGCACAGUGAGCAAGGAGAGCUGGAGUGCAGUUCUGAAGUCCACCACUUCCAACUCUGUGAGCAUCUCCAUUUCCAGCCCAGCUAAUGCAGUCAUAGGACGUUACAAGCUGAGUGUGCAAAAUGCUUCAAGUGGCAGCUCCUCCACCGCAAACCUCGGCACCUUUGUUUUGCUCUUUAAUCCUUGGUCUUCAGGUGAUGAUGUGUUCUUGCCGAAUCAGGCUGAAUGCCAGGAAUAUGUGCUAGAAGAGUUUGGCAUCAUUUUCGCAGGCAAUAAACAUCAUAUCAACAGCUUUGGAUGGAACUUUGGCCAGUUUCAAGAAGAUAUUCUCAAUAUUUGCAUCUCCAUGCUGGAUCGAAGUUUAAACUACCGCCAGGAUCCUGUCACAGACGUAUCUCACCGAAACGAUCCCAAAUAUGUGGGCCGUGUUCUCAGUGCAAUGGUCAAUGCCAAUGAUGACCAAGGUGUGGUGCUAGGAAAUUGGAGUGGAAAUUAUGAAGGUGGAAAAAAUCCGAGCAGCUGGAAUGGAAGUGGUGAAAUCCUGCAAAGCUGGAAGAAAUCAGGAUUCAAGCCUGUUAGAUACGGACAGUGUUGGGUUUUUGCAGCAGUAUUGACUACAGUGCUUAGAUGCCUGGGGAUUCCCACUCGAACAAUUACAAACUUCAGUUCUGCUCAUGAUGCAGAUGAAAAUUUACGUGUGGAUGAGUUUUACGAUGCUUCUGGAAAUCAUUUGAACAGGGGAGCUGACAGUGUCUGGAAUUUCCAUGUUUGGAAUGAAAGCUGGUUUUCUCGCAGUGACUUGGGCCCCUCAUACAGUGGAUGGCAAAUUCUGGAUGCAACUCCUCAAGAAGAAAGUGGAGGGAUUUAUCGGUGUGGUCCUGCCUCACGGAAUGCCAUCAAAGAAGGAGACAUAGAUCUGGACUAUGACUGUCCAUUCGUAUUUGCAGAAGUGAAUGCAGACUGCAUGUACUGGAAUUAUGAUUCUACAAAUGGAAAAAAAACUUUAAUAUUCUCUGAGUCUACAGUAAUUGGUCAGUUCAUCAGCACAAAGGCUGUUGGCAGAGAUGAUCGUGUAGAUGUCACCAAUGAUUAUAAACACAAGGAAGGCUCUAAAAACGAGAGAGAUACUUAUAAGAAAGCCCGUAAGAAGCUGGGACUCGAGGAUAAAUUUGAUCCCACAGCACCAACACCAAAGGAGAUUGAACAAAAGCCUGACAUCUCAGGGAAGUUCAAGGUGGCUGACACUUUAAUAGUUGGAAAAGAUCUCAGUCUGAUUCUGGUUCUUGCAAACUUAACUUCUGAUGAUAAGACUGUUCAGGUAAAUAUGACUGCUUGGAGCACUGUAUAUACCAGGAAACCUGUUCAUGAGAUCUGGAAGGACUCCAUAUCUGUCACUCUGGCUCCUCAGGAAGAGAAAAAAUUUCCCAUCAAGAUAUCAUAUACUGAAUAUCAACAGCGUUUAACUACAGACAACACAAUCCAAGUAACUGCCUUAUGCCACGUGGAAGGUGGCAUUCCAGUGCUAGUGAGCAGAGACAUAACCCUGGACAAGCCUGACAUUGAUAUACAGGUGCUGGGUGAGGCAGAACUAAAUAAAGAAGUGGAUGUGGAAGUGACAUUUACCAAUCCUAUUGAUGUGGAAGUGAUGGACUGUGUUCUGCAGGUAGAAGGCAGUGACCUUUACAUAAAAGUAAGCUUGCAGUCGGUCUCCCACUUUGUACACAAACUUGCAUACAAACUUCUAUAUGCACUGACAAAUGCAGCUGCUUCAAAAAAACGCCCAAGAUAUGGGAGUGUACAGGCCACAGACCUAACACCAACGCACAUUUCCUGGCAACCAUCAGCAAAUGCCCGCGUACACCAUACUGACAGAUAUGCCAACAGGGAACUGACUAUGAGGCGAGGACAGGCCUUCGUCAUCAGCCUGUACUUCAACAGGCCACAGCAGCCUGGGGAGAGCUUAGGAUUUGUUGCUGAAACAGGACCGUCCCCCUCCGAGUCUCACCACACGAGGGCUGUAUUUAAUGUCUCCGAGGCAGGGGCUAGUGGCUGGCAAGCUACCCAGGAACCCAGUGAGUCUGGCUACACAAACUUCACCAUAUCCAGCCCAGCCAAUGCUGUCAUUGGACGAUACAAUCUCACCCUCCAGGUAACCUCUGGGAACAGGAUCUUCUCCAGAUUCCUGGGGCAGUUUGUGAUGCUCUUUAACCCAUGGUGUCCAGGUGAUGAUGUCUACAUGGCUAAUGAAAAUGAGAGACAGGAAUAUGUUCUGAAUGAAAAUGGAAUUAUCUUUGUGGGCAAUGCAAAGUACAUUGAAGCAAGAGGAUGGUACUAUGGACAGUUUCAAGAUCCUCUUCUAAACAUCUGUCUCACCAUGCUUGAUCUGAGCCUGUAUUAUCGUCAGGACCCAGCCAUGGAUGUAUCCCGAAGAGGAGAUCCUAAAUAUGUGGGCAGAGUAAUCAGUUCUAUGAUCAAUGGAAAUGAUAAUGACAAUGGCGUUCUCUUGGGAAAGUGGCAAGGAAGCUUCCAUUCUCAUGAAAAUCCAUCCAGAUGGGAUGGCAGCGUGGUAAUCCUUCGGAAAUGGCGCCAGGACAACUAUAGGCCUGUUCAAUAUGGCCAAUGCUGGGUUUUUGCAGGUGUAAUGUGUACAGUUCUGAGGUGUUUGGGAAUUCCAACCCGUUUGAUUUCAAAUUUUAACUCUGCUCAUGAUGUGGAUAGAAACCUGAGUAUUGAUAAAUACUAUGACAGCUCUGGAAAGAGUCUUAAUAUCGGCAAGGAUUCCACAUGGGACUAUCACGUCUGGAAUGAAAGCUGGUUCACUCGUCGAGACCUGGGAGCAUCAUACAAUGGAUGGCAAGUUUUAGACGCAACUCCACAAGAACAAAGCAAAGGACUAUUUCAGUGUGGCCCUGCAUCUGUCAUAGCCAUCAAAGAAGGUGAUGUAGACUUGGAUUACGACACCUUAUUUGUGUAUACGGAGGUGAAUGCUGAUUGCAACAGAUGGAUUGUAUACAAUGAUGGCACUAAGAAAAGAGUUUAUUGUGAUACUGAAAUAAUUGGCAGGUUUAUCAGCACCAAAGCUGUGGGCAGCAAUUCUCGUGUGGAUGUCACUUACAACUAUAAGUACCCAGAAGGUUCUUCUGAGGAAAGACGUGUUUAUCGAAAGGCCUGGGCUAAGAUAUUUGGAUCAAACGCCCCAGAAAGACACAGAGAGUCUUCAAAUGAAAGAUCUUCAGAGGCAAUGAGAAACCCUGGAAUCUCUGGGAAAUUCAAGCUGGCUGAACCUCCAGUGUUCGGCAAAGAUAUUAGCCUAAUCUUAAUUCUCAAUAACCUAUCUUUCGAUCACAAGACAGUGAAGGUGGAUAUAAGCGCAUCAACUGUCCUGUAUACAAGGCGAGCAGUGGCAGAGAUCCUGCAGGCGACCACCUCUGUGGAUCUUGGUUCUAAUCAAGAGAAACAUAUUCAGUUAAAGAUUCCUUAUACUUAUUACGGAAAAUAUCUGACUACGGACAAAAGGAUCCAAGUGACUGCUUUGUGUGAAGUCAUGAACAUGCAUGGUAUAAAGCUGCUGGUAGAGAAGACAAUCAUUUUAGAGGACACAAACAUCAUUAUCAAGGUUCCUCAGCGGGUUGUAGUGAACAAAGCUGCUACUCUAGAGAUCUCGUACGCCAACCCCCUCCCUGAACCCGUGGACAGCUGUGUCCUGCUAGUGACCUUGAUGAACCAACAGGUCAAGAUACAUCUAGCAGGACUAGCACCGAGGGAGAGAUCAAAAAUUUACUUUGAAUUCACACCUCGCAGAACUGGGCCCUUACAGCUGCAAGUAGACUUCUCCUGUGACAAGUUCUCGCAUGUUAAAGGAUUCAUAACCAUUGCAGUAGCACCUGCAUAAUGUGAUGGAGAC